AUGUAUAAUAAUAUCGGUGAAAUAUAUGCACAAUUGGGUGAUAAUGAAAAUGCUUUAAAAUAUUUACAUCAUGCAUUAGAUAUUCGUCUCAAAGGUACUGUUUCUACACAUACAGAUCUUGCUGCAAUUUAUUCAAAUCUGGGCCUUGUGUAUCAAAGAAAACGAGAGCUGAAGAAAGCAUUAGAAUUAUUCAAGAAAGCACUUGAAAUUGAUACUCAAAAUUUUGGUACCAAUCAUGAAUCAUUAGUCGUUACACAUAAUAAUAUCAGUUCAGUAUAUCAUGAAAUGCAUGAACUACUUAGAGCUGUAUAUCAUUCAGAAACAGCUUUAAGAAUACUUUUACACACACAAGCUGGUGAAAAUCAUGUCGCUUUAUUCAAAUUACAAUUAAAUAUUGGAGCGAUGGAAUUAGAAUUGGGCAAUAAUAUCAAAUCAUUGAAAAUAACAAAGGAAGCACUAGAAAAUCAAUUAAAAAUACUCCCGAAAAAUCAUGAAAGUUUGGCGCAUACAUAUCUCUUGUUAUCGAAAAUAUAUGAAAAAGAAAAUGACAAGACUGCUGCUUAG